CUGGCUCAUAUAGCGACAAGACCUGUGGGAACGGCCUGGUAAAUAUAGGAUUAGGAUAUGGAAUGAUAAUACAGAAAUCAUCCAAAAACAAAUGAAAUUUGGCUUUCAGUCGCAGAAGGAAAGAUCUGGUUAGGUGGAUUCUACGGUCGGUCGAUCUUUUGACGCCACUGUAUCAAGAACUUGGCCGGAGAAACACAUCCACACAGAUUUCCCUUUUUUCUCUUGAUUCAUUUCACUGUGUGUCACCAUAAAAAAGCCCCAUUUCCCCUUCUCUGUGUUCUCAUGCUCUGUUUCUUUUGCUCCCGUCUCUGUGUUCUCUUACUCUGUUUUUUUGCUCCAUGCUUGUCAUCUCAAACCACACCCACCGACCGCCGUCCCCAGCUAAAAAUGAAGAGCCACUUCGUUCUGGUUCACGGAACCGGCCACGGAGCCUGGUGCUGGUACAAGCUCGUCACUCUGCUCGAAUCGGCAGGCCACCGAGCCACGGCCCUGGACCUCGGCGGCAGCGGCAUCGAUCCCCGGCGGCUUGACGAGGUCUCCUCCAUCUCCGAUUACGUCAGCCCACUGGUGGGUUUCCUCGCCGGUCUCCCCGAGGAAGAGAAAGUGAUUUUGGUGGGUCAUAGCUACGGCGGGAUCGCCAUCUCUCUGGCCAUGGAGAAGUUUUCCGGUAAGGUCUUGGUGGGUGUUUUCGUCACGGCGUUGAUGCCCAACUCCACUUCCCCACCGGCGAAUGUAGUCCUUGAGUUCUUCAACCGCACGCCGGCGGAGGCAUUGAUGGAUUCGCAGGUCCGUUUCGCGGAUGGGCCUGACAGCCCACCAACUUCGGCCAUGUUUGGCCCACGUCACAUGGCGACGAGUCUCUAUCAGGAGAGCCCACCCCAGGAUCUGGAACUGGCGAAGUUGCUGGUGAGGGAGAACGGAUUGUUUUUGAAGGACCUGAGUCAGGAAUCUCUGCUAACAGAGAAUAGAUUCGGAUCUGUGAAGAGGGUUUUCAUUGUAGCUGAAGAGGAUCAACUUAUGAAGAAAGAUUUACAGGAAUGGUUCAUUCAAAAAAGUCCACCAAAAGACGUGAAGUUCAUCCCAGGAGCUGACCAUAUGGUUAUGCUCUCCAAACCUGAUGAGCUUUACUCCUCCCUCCUGGAGAUUUCCACCUGAAUUCAUAGUAAGAUGGUUGCUCCGAAUAAUUUUAGUAGUUGAGAUAUGGGUGAGAACUAAGAAUGUAUCGUUUUUUUUUACAAUGUGUUUUUAAAUAAAGUCGACAGUUAAUACAUAAUGGUCGUCCGAAUCCAAAGACGGAAAAAAUUACGAUACCAUGUCAAAAACCAGAUGUUCCGACUAACUUAAGUCUCGUUGUUGGAGCGCAUCCAAACACGAAUCUUUGAUAUACAUCCGCAUUAAGCUUCUGCACCAAAGCUACUCUAUUUUUAAGUUAGAGCUUUCGAAGUUUAAUGCGAAUUAGUCCCCUUUGCAACUCAUUCACAUCAAUGCAAGUAGGAAAUUCAUUGAACUUACACAAAUAACCGUAAAAAUUCGUA